UUAGGUUUAGGGAAAACACAGUUUGUUGGCAAUGAGAUGCAACCUUAUCGAUGGAGAAGAUUCUGGGGAGAUGCUGUGGAAUUUCCUGGAGCACCAAUUUUAUUUGUUCUUGAGAAAUUUUAAAUGUUUCUUUAUCAAAAUAAAACAAAUAUUAGGAAAAAGCAUAUAAUAUUUAUUAUUAAUUCAUUCAUUCAUUCACUUAUUUUAGGUUGGACCUGGAGCUCGGGAGAAAUUUUGAUUAAUUAGGCCCUAUUUUGGGCUUUGCCUCCAGACUUCAGGAUACAAGUUAGCAGUUCAAAGGUAGUGGAGUGUCCCCGAGGCUAUGGACAGCCAGUCCGGCACUGCGGUAGCUGAAAUGCGAAAAAGGCAGCAGUCACAGAAUGAAGGAACACCUGCCGUGUCCCAAGCACCUGGGAACCAGAGGCCCAACAACACAUGUUGCUUUUGUUGGUGCUGUUGUUGCAGCUGCUCCUGCCUCACUGUUAGGAACGAAGAAAGAGCGGAAACUGCAGAAAGACCCCCACACACCACGAAAAUGGAGAGCAUCCAGGUCCUAGAGGAGGGCCAAAACCCCACGGCGGACGAGGUCCUGUCCUGGUCUCAGAACUUUGACAAGAUGAUGAGGGCCCCGGCGGGCCGAAACCUGUUCCGAGAGUUCCUGCGCACGGAGUACAGCGAGGAGAACCUGCUCUUCUGGCUGGCCUGCGAGGACCUCAAGAAGGAGCAGAACAAGAGGGUCAUUGAAGAGAAGGCCAGGAUGAUAUACGACGACUACAUCUCCAUACUGUCGCCCAAAGAGGUCAGUCUCGAUUCUCGAGUUAGAGAGGUGAUCAACAGAAAUCUGUUGGAUCCCAACCCUCACAUGUAUGAAGAUGCCCAACUUCAGAUAUACACCUUAAUGCACAGAGAUUCUUUUCCAAGGUUUUUGAACUCUCAAAUUUAUAAGUCAUUUGUUGAAAGUACUGCCAGCUCUACUUCUGAAUCUUAAUUUUCAUUUAAAAACAGAAUCCUUUUGGAGGGCUGGGAUGGGAGAUAAAAGUAGUCAAGUAACACCAGAAGCAGAGUUCCUGGACAACUACAGUUUAGCAUUCCUCAGGCUACUGUGAAAAUAAAACCAUAUGGUCUUUGUCUCCAUUUUUAUCGAGGUUAGCCGUGGUUAACUUUGGAGAAAAUACCACACAAAACAGUGAAUUGCCAAAUUAAGUUUGUUUUAGUCAACACUCAUUCUACUUGCAAGCAAACUGUACUUGUAGUCCUAUGGACAGUCUCCUAGUGUAUCUCCAGAGACUGCAUGUGCAAAGUAAAACUGCUUCAUUUGCCAUGUAGUUGUUGUAAUAUUUAAUCCAAUGGCGUAACUUAUAUCUGUAUUUAAGGACUUCCGUGCAAUAUGGUCUUACAGAAAUAAUUGCCAAAAAGUUGGCUGUGGUUUGCAUUUUUAAAUAUAACCUAAGACAGAAAAAGCCAAUUUUUAAAUUGUAACACUGUAUUCAACACGCUAUAUAGUGUAUGUUCAGUACACUCAUUUCUAAGCCAAUAUAUCUGUACAUGAAAAAAGAGCUAUUUAUCUCUGUUUGGUGGAAAAUCCCAGUGGGGGAUUCCUCUGGUUGUCCACUGCCAAAACUGGCAUUUUUAUUGCAGAAGAGUUUGUUGUGUAAAAAAAUAAGAUGAAAAGAGAAAAAAAGCACAAACUAAUUUGAAGAUAUUCUAUCUCAAUGACAAAUCAGAGUGAUAUUCUUUUUAAUUGUAACAGAAGAAAAUGAGUCUAUGUAUAUAUCCCAUGUCCGAUACUGUAAUUAAUUUAUUAAAGACUGGCUCUCCAGUUCUAAAACA